AUGGAAUUUAUCUCCAAGGAGUAUACAGGGAUUUACAGCCCAAAGAAUGACAUGGAAGACCAAACCAACUACACCGAUGAGGAUGAUGGAGAGCAUGAUAGUGACAGUAAUGAUGGUUAUGAAGAGGACAAAGAUGAUCAAGAUGACCGUAGAAAGCACUUCAUGGUCCAGCAAAGGAAGGCAGUGGACCGCCAGCAAGAGUCCAGGAACUCGCCGAUUUAUAACCGUCAGGCUGCUGUAGGGAGUUACCGCUUGAGUGACUCGCUGCCCAGGGCUGUGUACAGGAGGAAACGCACAUGGUACAAUAAGGGCUCCUCUGAGGAGGAUGAUUCUUCUGAUGAUGACAGAAGGCUUUUCCCUGUAAACCUGCGUAAAGAGGAUAUUCUAGGUGUCCGCAAAGACAGGAUGAAGCUUGGAGGAAACCUUGCUGAUGUUGACCCGAUGGAGAUCGACCAGUCGGUCCGCUUUGAUAGUGUUGGAGGUCUAGACAGCCACAUCGCAGCGUUGAAGGAAAUGGUAGUUUUUCCUCUGGUCUAUCCUGAGGUCUUCGACAAGUUCAAAAUCCAGCCACCCAGGGGCUGUUUAUUUUAUGGUCCUCCUGGAACAGGGAAGACGCUGGUGGCCCGCGCUCUGGCGAACGAGUGCAGUAAUGGAGAAAAGAAGGUGGUGUUCUUUAUGAGGAAGGGAGCAGACUGCCUCAGUAAAUGGGUUGGAGAGUCUGAGAGACAGCUCCGCCUGCUCUUCGAACAGGCUUAUCAGAUGCGUCCGUCCAUUAUCUUCUUUGAUGAAAUUGAUGGAUUGGCCCCAGUGCGGUCCAGCCGGCAGGACCAGAUACACAGCUCCAUCGUGUCCACUCUGCUGGCCCUUAUGGAUGGCCUGGACAGUCGGGGAGAAGUGGUGGUCAUCGGCGCCACCAACAGACUGGAUUCCAUCGACCCAGCACUCAGGAGACCCGGACGAUUUGACAGAGAGUUUCUUUUCGGUCUGCCAGACAGAGAGGCUCGAAAGGCUAUUUUGAAGAUUCACACCAGGCAGUGGAAGCCCUCUCCGUCCGACGCCUUCCUCGAGGAACUGUCAGAUAAGUGCGUCGGUUACUGCGGUGCAGAUAUUAAGGCUGUGUGUACGGAAGCCACUCUCUGUGCUCUGCGCCGCCGCUACCCUCAGAUCUAUGGCACCUCCAGCAAACUCUUGCUCGACAUGAACUCCAUCUCCAUCUCCAGCCGGGACUUUGUGUAUGCGAUGAUGAAGAUGGUGCCGGCGUCACAGCGGGCCGUCUCCUCGCCCGCUAAAGCCCUGGACCCUGUGCUACAGCCACUGCUGAGCUCCAUCCUCGCCAGUAUACUGACCAUCCUGCAGAGGAUUUACCCUCACACAGAGCAGGGGCUCAAACGCAAGAGGGACAGCGGCCUUGUGGGUCAUAUCCUGGAUGACGAACUGAUGUACGGUGACGAUGAGAAUCCGUCCACCAGCGCUGAGGACAUUCACAAACACACCUACCCACGAGGCUUCCUGCAGAGCAGCAGAAACGCAGCCCUCCACCCCACCUCCUGUCGUCCACGGUUGCUCCUCUCUGGUCGUCCCGGCUCAGGGCAGAGCGCCCAUCUGGCCCCAGCUGUGCUGCACGCUCUGGAGAAGUUCACGGUGUACACGCUGGACCUGGCUGUGCUGUUCGGGGUCAGCAGCACCUCACCUGAGGAGGCCUGUGCUCAGGUGUUUUGCGAGGCUAAGCGGACGUCUCCCAGCAUCCUGUACCUGCCCCAUAUCCAGCAGUGGUGGGACGCUGUGAGCGGGACCCUGAAGGCCACGUUUCUCAGCUUGCUGCAGGACAUCUCCUCAUUCUCCCCCAUAUUACUGCUCGCCACCUCAGACUUCUCUCACAGCGAGCUGGCUGAGGAGCUCCAGACUCUGUUCCGGGUGGAGUACGGAGAAGUUUUCCACGUGCGGGUGCCCAACCGGACGGAGCGGAUGAAGUUCUUUGAGGAUGUGAUCCUCCAUCAGGCCGCUAAAGCUCCCCCGUCCAAAAAGAAAAGCCUGCUCCAGGCUCUGGAGGUUCUGCCAUUGGCUCCACCCACUUCCCCUCCCCAGAUGACUGAGUCAGAGCUGAUGCGAUUGGAGGAACAGGAGGAGGACACUCUGAGGGAGCUCCGCCUCUUCCUGCGCAGCGUCACCGAGCGGCUGGCCCUGGACAGACGCUUUAAAGCCUUCACCAAACCUGUGGACAUAGAAGAGGUGCCAGAUUACUGCACUGUGAUAAAGCAGCCGAUGGAUCUGUCCACUGUGCUGACAAAGAUCGAUGUGCACAGUUACGUCACAGUAAAGGAGUUCCUGCACGAUGUGGACCUGAUCUGGAAGAACGCUCUCGAGUACAACCCUGACAGCAAUCCCACCGACCGUCAGAUUCGUCAUCGUGCAUGCGCUCUGAAGGACACUGUUCAUUCCAUCAUCAGAGACGAGCUGGAUGAAAACUUUGAGAAAAUCUGCGAGAAAAUCAGAGAAUCACGCAACAAGAGAGGUUGCACCUCGUCCAGGUUUGCACCGUAUUUCUACCAGGUGAAGAAGGAAGGCCAUGGAGAGUUUAAGCAUCCUCAGGUUAAAGAUGCCAUAGCAGCGCUGACCCCCAAAACACCACGACCGAACCGGAAGCGUACCCGCCGGUCGACCCGCAUAGCCAAGACUCCGGCACACGGGCAGCUGCUGAUUGACGCGGACGAAGCACUGAAGAUCCUGUCGCAGAAAACACCACGACUCAUUGUGGACCACGAGCAACUCAAGGAGCUUCAUCGGUUUGUGGUGGUGAAGACGGAGGGCUGUGAGGUGUUUCAACUGGAGAAGCUCUACGCACUGCUUUGCCAGUGUAUCUACAGACACCGCAAAGAUUAUGACAAAACCGGCCUCAUUCAGGAAAUGAAGAGGGAAAUUGAAAACUUUCAGUGA